AUGAAAUUAAAAAGACAGGUGAUAUUUGCCAAAGGAAGGAAAUUCUCACAGGGGGGCCGUUGCCGCUUCAUCCUCACCAAUAGCGAGUUACAGAGGAAGCUAAAGAAUAACAACCAUCUCAUUAGGUUAAUAAAGGAUGUCAUUCCAAGUGAGCAUAGAGAAAAAGGCAAUACCCACGAGGACGACGGGCAGAUCACCCAGUUGGGAUUUUCCUACCUUUACAAAAAUGUAAGCAUUAACAAAGUGGGGAAAAGAAAAGUCAUGUCGUUUGAAUCGCCUGGUGAGUACAGCGAUGAUUUGAUCUCCAAUUUGAGGAAUGAGCACUUCCUCGAUUGGUACCAUGACGUUGGUCCUAGUCACCAUAAAGUUGUCCGUAGCCACCACGAAGUUGUCCUUAACCACGAUGACGGAGCAAGAAGAGGAAGCAAACAUGGAAGCAAACAUGGAAGCAGAGGCAACACAAAGGAGGUGUAUUCAUAUGUGAUGAAUUCCUUAAAGACGCUGACCCCCCAGCAAGUCCUGCUAACCCUACACAGUUUCCUCCUGCACGGCCUCCAGGUAGAGCAUUUAGAAAAAAUAAACGAGCAUGUGGUCAAUAAUAUUUAUAAUUUCAAGACAAGUGAGCUGAUUUUAAUUCACCUAUUUUAUGUCUUCUUUGAGGGGAGCUACGGAAAUGGGGUAGCUAGCGAAUCGCCCGGGGUAGCAGGGCGUCAAGGUGCCUCUGUCGCUUCCCGCGAUGCUGCCACUUCGUGUGAUACGGUCACUUCGAUUGAGCCCCCUUUUGGAAAAGACGAACAUGAUUAUCACUACGAUGAUACUGAUCAUGAUGAGUGUUCCGCGUCCCUCCACAUGACCAAUCACGGAAACCAUAAAAUUCGCACCCUGGCGAAGGAACUCACAAGAUACACCUCCCAUCUGUUUUACAAGAGAAGACAACAUCUGCUCCUAAACGAGAUUGAGGAAAUAUUAUUCAUAUGGAGCAAGUACAAUUUGUAUCAUAGGGAGCUAUUCGAUCACUGCGUUAGAGUGAUCGAAAGGUCUAUGCAUUCGUUAAAGGUGGAAAACAUGGAAUUCAUUUUAAAGGGAGAGUCUUCUCCUCUUAUGAAAAUAAGAAAGGAGUCUCUUCAUGACCUGAACAAAUUUGAUCUCCUCAUUAAAUGCUUCUAUCACCUUUCUGGGAUUCGAAAAGUAACCCUCUUGGAAGAGAUCCGCCUGAAAUACUUCUCUCAGGUGGCAAACUUCCUAGGGGAUAAUUUUGCAUUACUGACCCAGUUACCCCUCCGCAAUCUGUUUAUGCUUUUGCAAGUGGGGGAAGUAGUCGCCAGGGGGGGGGACUCUGUCGAUGAACAGACGGAGGCCAACUGCCAAAUGGGAGACGGGGACCGCCUAAAGUUCCACCUCUUAAGCCUUAUCGAGGAAAAGCUAAAGAAAGCCAACCAGGAUGACCAAUGCGGAAGGAGGAUGUACCCACAGGAAGGGUCCAAAAAUAUGUCCAAGUGCGUACAGGUAUUAGACGCGGUGAGUGCAUACUACUCGGAUGUAUGUAAUCCGGAUAGCCACUGCAUCGGCGUGAAGCAACCACCCUCCUGUGGCGGUACCGAUCAAAGUUGCGAGAAGGCUCAAACUGUGGGUGAGACAAGCGGGGGGGCCCCCACAGACGCGUCACUGCCUAAAAUGAGCAACACGGGUAACGCGGUCAAUGAGCCAAAAAAUUUAACGCAUCGAGCUGGAAGUAGCCAUAUAGCUAUCCCCAAACACGGCGGAAGGGACCAAACAGGCAUGUUCCAUUUCCCCCCAAAGUUAACAUUCCUGAGCAGCAUUAAUGAGUACAUUGCGGUAGGAUGUGAACCCUGUAAGAAGUACUUGCCUACCUUUCUUUCCAUUUUGAAAGGAGAAAAAAAAUUCCAACACAUGCUCCUUUAUUUUAUAAAUCAUUUGGACAAAAGAAGCGACGCGAAUGUGUUGCUCCCUUACAUCAAGUUAAUAUGUGAAUAUGUUGGGAAUAUUUACGUGCUGUCCUACAUGGGAUACCUUUAUAAAUGCGCCAUCACGAGCAAGGAUUUUUUCAACCGAGCCAAUUUCAAUUUAGAGAAAGUCGCGAUAUUGCUGUCAACUUUGCACAGACGUAUAGGUAGCGAUCAUAAGAUUUUACAGGGAGGCGAGCACAAUGGCAAUACCUCGAAUGUAUCGCCAAAUGGAAUAACAACAUUUCACCAAAAUAACGAACGAUUCGUCGCCUUCCUCCGCGAAAGUAACCCAAAUGUGUAUGAACAUGUUCAGGCAAAUUUACUCAACUUAAACUUAAAAGAAAUAAAAAAAUUGGACGAGUUUCUUUUCCAUUAUGCGUACAAACAUAUGGUGAAUGAUACGUUCGAAUAUUUGGAGAAUAUAAUACCGUAUAUUAAUAGGCAACGGUCAGUCAAUCACCUUCUGUGGCUCUUUGUACAGAUAAAUAAUUACUACAGUGUGUAUUCCAAGGGAAGAAUAGCCCCAAGGGGAGUGAAAAUUGCUACGUUAUUUUUCCAGAAGAUUUGCAUUCUGAAUUUUUUAAGCACAUACCAAGACAGAAGUGAUAACUGUUACGAAGCAGUGAAAAACAUUUUAACCUACGUACGUCUAGAAAAGGAUGUUGAGAGGGCCCUUUCAAAUUAUGUGUUAAAUUUAUAUUUUAAAAAAUACACUGCACUAUUUGGUAAUGAAGACAUGUUUGUAUAUAUUACGGACAUACUCCAAAAAUUGUCCAACUGUAGUUGCGUCUUAACGUAUCAGAAUGAUGGCACUUUUCUGAUAUGCUCACAUGGGACUGACCAGUUAAGCGGCCCAUUAGUGGAGAGCCAAAUUAGGCACAUAAUAAAUACGCUUAUACAAAAUAAUUGUUGCGCCCAUUUGAUUAACUUGCUCCUUUUGGCUAAUGCCGGGGUCAGCUUCGGCACUCUCUUUGGCGGAAUUAGGAACCAUCUUUAUUCCUACGCAUUUUAG